CAUAGCAGUAAGUCACGGCCAUAAAUCGAGGUCGCAGCGGCCCUCAGUGAAUUAAAAGGCGGAUCGCGAACCGAGACUCAAUUUCGCCCAAAGUCCCCCGAUCGCGGCCUUUUGGAGGUGAAUAAAGGCCGCGCGGAUGCUCAGAUGCCUUCGGGAGAGUGGGAAGAUGUACAGCAGAACAUUUAAUAUCUUGCACUUCAUUGUGAGAGACAAAGUUCAUCAUGGAAGCAAAAAGUUUGCUUGUUUUAUUGGUCCGGCCGCCCUCAGCGUUCAUCCCAAAAAGACGGAGUUGAGUUACAGCCGCUACCAGCAAGUGCGUCUGGUGCAGCUCUGCCGUCAGCAUGCAAACACUAGCCAGCCCCCAGGGUCUCCCCCAGACUCAAAGGGAGGGGGUGCUGCUGAGGCCCCCCCCACCCAGCCUGCUUCAGCCACAGCUCGCCUGAAAGAGGCAGUCAUUAAAGUAAUGCCUCGCAAGAAGGUGAAGUUUGACACCUCACACCCCUCCACGGAACGCAAUUUCAUCACAGCUGUGCGUGCAAUGGCUGAGUUCCUCCUAAAGCCCUCGGACUUGGAGAAUCUCCGCAAAACCAAGAGAAGAUCGCCAUUUGAAAACGAGCCACCCAUAACUGUCUAUUGGAGGAAGGAUGUUGAGGAAAAAGCAAUACAAGUGUGGGGAAGCAUAGAAUCCUUAGAGAAAGAAAAGAUGAAGAGAGAGAAGGAAGUAAAGCAGUAUAAAGAGAUGGAUGUAUUUAAUGUGAAAAAGGCUAUGAAGAAGGUUUACAUUUUAAGGAAAGCCUUGAAGAAGAUAAAGAAUCGAGACAUCUUCAACGUGAAGAGGAUCAUGAAGGAAUACCGGCGCGACCAGAGGAGCAUCCCUGAACCCCUCACGCACGAGGCCAAUGGCAAGGAUAUUUCGGGCAAUGUGGUGUGGACAGCAGUUGCCAUCAAUGGAGCCAACCUUGUGAUGAAGCUGGGUGCCUGGGCCUUCACAGGGUCCCACAGUCUCUUUGCCGAGGCCUUGCACUCCCUGGCUGACGUCACCAACCAGCUGAUCCUCGCUUAUGGCAUCCACAAGUCCAAGCAGCGGGCUGACGUGAUACACCCCUACGGCUACACAACCAUGAGGUAUGUGUCUUCGCUGAUCUCUGGUGCGAUGAUCUUCUGCGUUGGGGCCGGCCUCUCCUUCCAGCAUGGCAUAUCUGGACUCAUGGCACCCUCUGAGGUGUUGCCCCUUUAUUGGGCUUUCUACAUCCUAGGAGGCUCUCUUAUUACAGAAGGAGGAACCCUUCUCAUGGCAGCUCAUGCCAUCAGGAAAGGGGCUCAGCAUCAGCAGAUGUCCUUCACUGAGUAUGUCCUGCGCAGCCAAGACCCAAGUGUAAACGUUGUCCUUUUGGAGGACAUGGCAGCAGUAAUUGGGGUCUCCGUAGCGAUGGCAUGCAUGGGCCUCACGUCAAUCACUGGCUCACACAUCCCUGACGCCAUUGGGUCAUGCCUCAUUGGGGGCAUCUUGGCCGGGGUCUCGGGAUUCAUAAUCUACACCAAUUCAGCUGCGUUGGUUGGGAAGUCCAUCCCCCAGUAUCGGCUGGAGAAGAUCAAUGAUGAGCUGGAGCGUGAUGUGCUGAUCCGUGCCAUCUACGACGUCAAGGGCAUUGACAUGGGGACGGGGUUGGUCCGCUACAAAGCUGAGGUGGACUUCGACGGCAGGGAACUCACACGUGGAUACCUCGACAAGCAAGAUUUAGAUGCCAUUAUGAAGGAAAUACAGGCCAUAAAAACGGUCGACGAGGUGGAAGCCUUCAUGUUAAAGCACGGUGAAAACAUCGUGGACAGUCUGGGAGCGGAAGUUGAUAGAAUAGAGAAAACACUGAAGAAAGCGCAUCCUGAGAUUCGUCACUGUGAUUUAGAAAUCCUGUAAGUAACGCCAGAUUUCAUCUGUGAUCUUCAGCUUUAAGUCUUUGUGCUUCGGUAAUACAGUGUAAGUUUUUCUUAGGAACGCAAUGCAAGCACUACAUCUGGGUAUUGUGCAUAUAGUUUUGGCGUCUUCCUGUCGGAAGGAGGAGGCAGCACAUUAUUAUCUUGCAUCAUUCUGACAGCUGUGAAGUUCUGCAUCCAUGCCAGUAAUACAGAUAGAUGUAUGAGUGUAUAUGUAUUCCAUUUUUGGUGUGUUAUUUCACCCUCGUCCCACACUAAGAAUCAUUGUUUCUGUGACUGGAAAGCCUCCUUUUUCUUUUGUAUUCUCUGAAGAUGAAUUGUUAUUAAUGGAAAUGUGUCUCACAACAGAUGAGGAGAUUGUAUACAAUUUGUAUAAUAACUUGUAUAUGUAUUUAUAAGAUACAGAAGUAAGCAGAACACUGAUCACCUGUUUUUCUUUUCUCUGUUAUUCUUCAACACUGCUAUUAGAGGCAGUAUUCUUCAUAUAUACACAUUUUAAGCUUGAUCAUGUUAUCCACACAUAUAUGUUUUCUUUUGACCAGUUGUUCAUCAGCAAAAUUAUCGAUAGAUCCAUUAUAAUACGUCUAGAUAUUUUGCAUAUCAAUCUAUAGAGAACUGCAGCUCAACUAAGACACUGUAAAGAAUUAUCCUGCAGCUGAAUGUUCAUUAAUGUAUGACAGAAUACAUUCUUAUUUAAUGCAUAUUACAUUUUUGUGGCCUAUGGUUGGAUGAGCUUAUUAGGAGUAAAUAAUAACUGACUAGAAAAUGUUAACAAGGAGAGCAGUGACCAGAAGUGGAGAAUUUAGUAAAAUGAACUGUAAUGUUAAGUAAAAGUGAAGUGUAACAUUUUUGUACAGUGUCGGAAGUUGGUGAGAAAUAUGAUGAGACUGGCUUUGUAUUGUAUGUGAAAUUGUUUAGAGUUCAGGAUCUUUUCUUUUCAUUUCAUUUCUUUUCUUUUCUCCAUGUACUAGAAUAGUUUCAUGAAAAUUGUAAUGAUAUUGACAGAAUGUAACAUGAGGGGUCACGGUUUCAUCAUAGAUUGCUAAGUUGUCAUGCAGCAGAUUGUCACAAUAAAUGGUGCUAAUAGUGAAAUUGAAAAACAGGACCAUUCCACAGUGAGUGUCACGAAAAUAGCUUAAUGAAGAGAUGUGCGUUCUUUUUACUUUUUAUACUUGAAUAUUGCUUCUGUUGUAUUUUAUCAGUUCUGCUUUUGUAAAUUACAUUUCAUUAUUCAUUUCCUUGAUGCUGGAAAAUGUUUAUUAUUUGUAUAAUGUGUGUACAGUGAAAAGACAUUGUAUUUGUACAUGAAUGAAGGUAUUUGCUUGUAUUUAAUUAUUUAUAUUAUUAAUCUUUGUGUAUGCCACACUCACCCAAGAGCUUGUUAUUGCUGAUCAUAUUAUUGUGUCUAAAGUAUAAAGAAAUCAAAAUUGA